CCUUCCUGUGGCACCAACGCAUACCCUCCUAUGUUAUGGAACUGGAGGGCAAAAAGGCUGAGCUCGAGAAAGUGGUUAAGCAUCACAUCAAUACAGUCGCUAAACAUUUUAAGGGUAAGAUCUACGCGUGGGAUGAGGUCAACGAGGUUCUCAAUGAGGACGGGUCGGGCAAUAAGCUGAGGGACAGCCUAUUCUCCAAAACCUUGGGCACUGGUAACUCAAUCGAGGGUCACCUGCGAGAUCAGGCCAAACAGAAAUACAUCGGGUCAGCCAUGACCUCCCAUGCCCUGGGAGAUCAACAAUACCUGGAUAUAUUAGGCCAGGAGUUCAAUUGCAUGACACCUGAGAAUGAGAUGAAGUGGGGAUUACUGGAGACCAGUAGAGGACAGUAUAACUGGACAAAAGCCGACAAAAUGGUGGAGUUUGCACAGACACAUGACAUGAAAAUUAGGGGACAUACCUUCAUAUGGCACAAUGAGUUACCUUCAUACGUGGGUACACUUGAUGGCAAAAAGGCUGAGCUCGAGGAAGUGGUCAGGGCCCAUAUUAACACAGUGGCCGCACAUUUCAAAGGUAAGAUCUACGCGUGGGAUGUGGUCAAUGAGGUGCUCAAUGAGGACGGGUCGGGCAAUAAGCUCAGGGACAGCAUAUUUUCGCGAACUCUAGGCUCCGGUUUCAUUGAGGAGGCUUUCCGUACGGCACACGCGGCCGACCCUAACGCCAAGCUAUACAUCAAUGACUACGGCAUCGAAGCCAAGAAUAAUAAGUCGGACGCAUUAUACGAGUUGGUGAAGGGCUGGAAAGCUAAUGGAGUGCCCAUGCAAGGGGUCGGUAUGCAGGCACACUUCAAGGAGGGUGAGGUUCCCGCAACCCUUCAGGAAAACAUUAAACGGUUUUCCGAUUUGGGAGUGGAUGUGGCUAUUACUGAGCUUCAGGUUAGGUAUCUAAUGCCUGCCUCAGCUGAUAAG